AUGUUUAGGUAUCCCCGAGAUUGUCGAGGAAUCGGUGAUGUUUGGAAGACGAUCGCGUCCGAAUUACCACCGCACUGGUUCCAUUUUGGUGCACCUGUGACUCGAAUUGAUACAAGGGCAAAAACGGUUCAUCUCAGCAAUGGAAGAUCCACCGAAUACGACUACGUAAUCUCGACGAUGCCUAUUGUAGAACUGAGCAAAAUGACGUCACUUGGUCCAAAGAUCAAUUUGAGGCAUUCGAAGGUUGUCCUUGUCGGAAUCGGUAUGCGACGGCCUCAACCAGAAUUCACCGAACAACUUUCUUGGCUUUAUUUUCCCCAACCAGAGAUCAUUUUUUACAGGUGUACAUUCUUGUCCAAUUUCAAUGAACGACUCACACCAAAUGCUGUGCUUUUCUGGUCUGUACUGGUGGAGAUUGGCAUGGACUCAAGUGAACAUUUUGAUGAGGACACAAUGGUAGACCGCACUAUCAAAGAUCUGGUGGAGCACGGCAUAAUCUAUCCAACAAGCAGAAUAGAAUCUACAUGGGUGCAUGUUCUUCCGUAUGGAUAUCCCAUUCCAACAUUGAGUCGAGAUGAAGAAUUACGAAAAGCUCACAAAGCACUCGAAAUAGCGAACAUCUACUCUCGCGGAAGAUUUGGUAGCUGGCGAUAUGAGGCAGCUAAUCAGGAUCAUAGCUUUACUAUGGGCUCGGACGUGAUCGAUAGAAUCGUCUACGGCGCAGAGGAAACCCUCUGA